AUGGGUUUAGAAAUAUUUGAGAUUGACACCUCCACACCUCACACAGGGGUUGUAAUCGAUGGGACAACGGCAUGCAGGGAAGCAAAUAGCGGGUGGGUAACUCUUCGUGCUAAAACGCCACUUAGCGCGGGCCAGUGCCAGUGGGCAAUGAAGGUCAUUGACCAGGGUGAGGGUAAUGAUGGGUCGGGUCUCAUGAUGGGGUUGCUUCCACGCCUAAAUUCACAGCAAGAGGUGGCUAUGGGGAGUAAAUACAUAUCUGAGCUUGGUGGCUGGUGUUUGUCCCGUGCUGGAGACUCUUACGGUUGCUGGAAGUGUGACAAGAUGCCCUUUUCAACCGGCUGCGUCGUGGAGUUCGAUUGGGAUGCUGCAAGCCGUACUCUGUACAUUGUAAGUGGAAAGAGAAAGGCGAGUGGACAUAUCCCAAAUGUGUCCGAAGCAGACGUUGUAUACCCGGCCUUUUCCAUGUUCUACCUGAAUCAGAAGUUGGCAUUUGUCUGA